AGCCCCUUGGUUUCAAAUCCAAGCUCCGCCUCUCCAGCAAGCGCACCCACCUUGUCCACCAGCAGCACAGUGCGCCAGGGACCGAGAGCACAGGCGUGGGGUUCACCGGGGAGAGGGCACGACGGGCCGGCAGCGGGAGGACUGACAGCGGCGGGGCUGCUCCGGGAAAAGACGGUCGCGUCUCGAUUUAAAGGGCAACCGUAUGACUCAGGACUGACAGGGUCCUGUUCAUUUUGUCGAGGCAGCUCGUUCGCGUCCAGAUUCGGGAGUACCGUACCGCCGGUGGGGAGGAGAGGGAGGAAGAUGCAGCUCCAGUCCGGCUCGGUGCGCCGCGCAGUCCGCCUCCGCCGCUGGUGAUGCUCGGCGUGCGGGGAUCACCGCCCAGCAGCAGCAGCAGCAGCAGCAGCAGCAGCAGCAGCAGCAGCAGGAGGAAGAAGUCGGUAGAAGAGGGCGUCGGGGGGCCGGUGAUGAUGGUGGUAAGGUCGGGAUCAUGGCCAACGGAACCGGUACUAUCAUGUUAAAAUGCGUCGUGGUCGGAGACGGUGCAGUGGGAAAAACGUGUCUUCUGAUGAGCUAUGCCAAUGACGCCUUUCCAGAGGAGUAUGUGCCCACAGUGUUUGAUCAUUAUGCAGUGAGUGUCAACGUCGGUGGAAAGCAGUACUUGUUGGGACUGUAUGACACAGCUGGUCAGGAGGACUACGACCGCCUGAGGCCGUUGUCCUACCCGAUGACCGAUGUCUUCCUCAUCUGCUUCUCCGUGGUCAACCCUGCCAGUUUCCAGAAUGUGCGUGAAGAAUGGGUGCCCGAGCUGCAGGAGUAUGCACCCAGUGUCCCCUACCUGCUCAUUGGCACCCAGAUUGACCUUCGUGAUGACCCCAAGACAAUUGCCAAACUGAAUGACAUGAAAGAGAAGCCCAUCGCCACUGAGCAAGGACAGAAACUGGCAAAAGAGAUUGGUGCAUGUUGCUAUGUGGAGUGUUCAGCAUUGACCCAGAAGGGCCUGAAGACAGUGUUUGAUGAGGCCAUCAUUGCCAUCCUGGCUCCCAAGAGAAAGAAGGGAUCGCUGAAGAGAAGACUGGGACCCCGCUGCAUCAACUGCUGUCUGAUCACAUGAUGCAUAAACAUAGAGAUCAUUCAGCAAACCAACCACAAACCAAACCUGGACUGAAGGCAAAAGAAGGACAAGAGAACAAUGCACAGAGAGCUUGUAAGACAGAAGAGAGGACUGAAAAAGGACAAAAUAAGAGCCACUUUAAAGCUGCAGGGCUCUUGAAAGGCCAUAACUCUCUCCUGCUGUCCAACACGGGUUGACGAUGCAGUUUACUACCAAAGGAGCACAAAGCGCAAGUCAGUCUCUUCUUCUAAAAUACUUUUGCCUCAAAAGUACCUUCUUUUAUAACCAUUUUUAAUCAUUUUUUCUGUACAAUGUUGUUGUAUGCUGUCAUACAAAAAAAGCUAAAAAAGGACAUUUCAUAUUUAAGAGAAAUGCUACAUUUUAAGGAAUUCAGAUUAUUUCUAUGGUUGCUAUACAUUAUUGAUUUCGGGAUUUCUAUAUAGGAUCAGACGUCCAAAUGACGAGAGAAAACCUGCAGCUAAUAAAUAACAAGAUGCUAAUUAUGGCGAUACUGUGACAGUGUCCAGGAUACAUUUCUGGACAUGGGGGCCCAGUCUGUUUCAUUUAAAACUCAUGAUAAAAAAGACCCUGUUUGCCCACAGUCAUUUGUCAUUUGAAGACCUGCAAAUUAAACCGCACAAGACCUUUGCAUUGUGUUUGGGAUAAUACAAAUUAUCCAGCGUAAAAUGCAGUUCCGUUGACAGAUUUUGAACCCAGAGCUCUAUUAUUAUAAACUUUAAAAGAGUCUUGAUUUUUUGCCUUAUAAAAACUCCAUUAUUUUAUGGUGUGGCAUGCCAAAACAUUGUAUAAGUUUAGAUAGGGCUGCUGCCUUCAUCAGGAAGUGAAGAGGUUUAUUAUCCUUUUUUUUUUAAAUCUAUAUUAUCCAGAGUAUAUGAUUCUGUAUCUCUAACAUAGGGAAUCCAGUUUGUGAAAAUGAUAUUUUGUCAUCUGAUGAAUUACUUUCUUUAGUUUCAUUUUUUUGUUAUUCUGCAAUAAUAUGUUUAUCCUUUUAUCACCUUUAAGAAGGUUUUGAAGAGAGAAGAAGAGGGAGAGGGAUCUCAUUUUAGAAAUGAAACUCCAAUUUAUAUCAACGUCCAAAGAAUCAAAUGCACACACUUUCAUCAAGGUUGGCUAAGAUGACCCAAUACUGUACAUCUAAUGCACAACAUGAAGCGCAGUCGGUGCCACUUCAUUUCCCAGCUCAACAAAGCACAUUCCUCUGAUUUUUAACACAGUCCCUGUCCCAGAUAAGGCUAAUUGAAGCACAGAAGGUGCACUCUGUUCCGUAAGGCACAAGGAUGAGCAUAGCACACAUAGCAUUCUAACACGCACAAUCACAGUUCAUUACAUCUACAGAGUUCUGUUACAAGGCUUCCUUGAACCUCCCAGAUGUCAACAUUUCAGGAAAUACAAAAAGACACUGAUCCAAGCUGAUUUGAAAGGGUACAGGAUGGGGUAGCAGCUAGCUGCACCAGCUGUUCACAAGUUAUCCUGGUUACAAUUGAAGUCAUGACUGAGUGGAGACUUACUCGUCACCAAUUCAAGUAGCUACUUAACUUGUCACUAAAUAAGUUGUUUUCCUCUGCAGGAAUGUGUGGGCAGUUUUAAGCUGCGACUGGAACCGCCCCUGUAGAACCUCUUUCAGAGCCGUUUUCAGGCAAGAAAAAGUACCUUCUUUGGGUUGGAUACUUCUGACCGGCCCAGAAAAACUGCUGUGCUGGUUUGAUGCUGAUAGGUUAAACUCAGAAAAGACCAGCAUCACUUUAUCAGCCAUCACAAUGUCCUUGUUGAGUUUCUCCCUUUCUGCCAUCAGCAGCAUAUUAUUCACUAUACAACAUAACAAACCUCCAUUGUUCUAUUUCCUACAUGCUCAUCGACCUGGAGUUAUGUCCAUUAACUAUUUGUCAUUGGAGUAGUGCAUUAAGAAUUAACAUGUCCAUUGAAGCCAUUGGAUCACCGUAUUAGAAACAGAAAUGCUGAAACAUUAUGUACCCGUACCUAUAAACCUUCUCAUUACCUUGCAUCUGUCCAAAGUUCCUGCAAUGGAAAUCCACCUCAUAUUUACAUCAAAUAGCGCCAAGUAGGUGAUACAUCAUGUUAGCUAAGUAAACCACAUGGCCUAUUUCAACAUAUUAUUCAACAGUUGAAAAAAAAAUACCAUUGAUGAUUGUAGAAAUUGGGAAUAUUUUAAACUAAAUUACCCCAAAAGCAACACAGUGCCUCAUAACUUAAUAAAACGCAAUUUGAUUAGCAUAAACACUGGUACUGGGUUUUAUGUCGCCGCCCUCUAAAACUGUACUUUUUGGCAGUUAUGUUACACCUCGAGAUGCGAUGGAUAUUAUCACUAUCAGUUUACACCAGAUCAUACAAAUCUUUACUGACUAAGACAACGGUGCAACCCAAUUCAGUGAGUCACAAGUUUGCACUUGCUAGUAGUGAUCGUAACUUAGAAGCACAAACUCAGUGAUGGCUUAAUGAAUAGCUGGUGCAACGCAGUCAGUAGAUGUCACUCUUUCAGUAUCCAAAUAAUCAAUACAUUUUAGGCUUUGAUGUCCUGACAUGAUGUAAAGGAUUUAUAUAAUGUAUGGAAUGUAUGACCAACACUCAUGUACCAAUCCUGAUUUUGUUCUUUUUUAAGUUUCUUUCAUAAAAACUCAGUGAUCCCUGUAAUGGAGUCAUUCUACUACAUUUUAAAUAGAAAGUGAGAUAAUAUGUAACCAGGAUUUAGAGGAUAGUCUAAAUAUCUACGAGCCCCUAAAACAGGUGUGUAUGCAACAAAAGUCUCACGCCAACAUGUCUGUAGUCGGUGCUGUAGGUAAUAACCUGAGGUUGUGACUGAACUUUUCUUGCAAGCCAAACAUCGGAAAUAUCAGCUCUUCUUCUUUUUAUGCAUUUGUUAUUGGCUUUUUCUAACUUUUUUUUGUUUGAAUCUAAUAAUCAAAGGUGCCAACUCUUGCUGUUACUUUUCUGUUCAGAGUCAGAUAUGAUGAUUGAUUAAAGCUUUAAUGUAAAAGGUGCUCCUCCUCUCUGUCCCAGCCUGCGUUGUAUAACUGUCUUUCUGAGCAGUGGAGAUGCCUGCAGGGUGAACAGCCUUCUCUCUCGGACAGUUUUGCUUGCUUACGUUGUGUGAAGGUCCACCCUCAGGAUGCAGGACCUAAGUGCCACAGCCACCAAUGCAUUCUCCCAUUGAUGCUCCUCUCUUCUCAAUAAAUGUGUUUACUGUGUUAAUAA